UGUCGGCGGGCGAAGAUGGCGGCCUUCUCGGAGAUGGGUGUCAUGCCCGAGAUUGCGCAAGCCGUGGAAGAGAUGGAUUGGCUCCUCCCCACCGACAUCCAGGCCGAGUCCAUCCCGCUGAUCCUGGGAGGAGGCGACGUGCUCAUGGCUGCAGAGACAGGAAGUGGAAAGACUGGCGCUUUCAGUAUCCCAGUUAUUCAAAUAGUCUACGAGACACUAAAAGACCAACAGGAAGGCAAAAAAGGCAAAGCGACCAUCAAAACUGGCGCCUCAGUGCUCAACAGAUGGCAGAUGAACCCUUACGAUAGAGGAUCUGCUUUUGCCAUUGGGUCAGAUGGGCUUUGCUGUCAAAGCCGAGAAGCCAAGGAAUGGCACGGAUGCAGAGCCACGAAAGGACUGGCGAAAGGGAAACAUUACUACGAAGUCUCCUGCCACGACCAAGGACUGUGCCGAGUUGGGUGGUCUUCCACGCAGGCUUCCUUGGACCUGGGUACUGACAAGUUUGGCUUUGGCUUUGGUGGAACAGGAAAGAAAUCCCAUAACAAGCAGUUUGAUAAUUACGGAGAGGAAUUCACUAUGCACGACACCAUUGGCUGCUACCUAGAUGUAGACAAAGGGCACGUGAAAUUCUCCAAAAACGGGAAAGACCUCGGCCUGGCGUUUGAAAUACCGGCGCAUUUGAAGAACCAAGCCCUCUUUCCGGCCUGCGUCUUGAAGAAUGCUGAACUGAAGUUUAACUUCGGCGAGGAAGAGUUCAAGUUCCCACCGAAAGACGGCUACGUCGGCCUCUCCAAGGCACCGGAGGGUUUCACAGUCAAGUCUCAGCACACAGGUAGCACACAGGUGGCUCAGACAAAAUUUCUCCCCAACGCUCCCAAAGCCCUGAUCGUAGAGCCUUCACGGGAGCUGGCCGAACAGACUCUGAAUAACGUCAAGCAGUUUAAGAAAUACGUCGACAACCCCAAGUUAAGGGAGCUCCUGAUCAUCGGAGGCGUUGCUGCCAGGGACCAGCUCUCUGUUCUGGAUAACGGGGUGGAUAUAGUGGUCGGCACGCCCGGAAGAUUAGACGACUUGGUGUCGACAGGGAAGCUGAAUCUCUCUCAAGUUCGAUUCCUGGUCCUGGAUGAAGCUGAUGGUCUUCUUUCUCAAGGUUACUCUGACUUUAUAAAUAGAAUGCACGGUCAGAUCCCUCAGAUCACCUCGGAUGGAAAGCGACUUCAGGUGAUUGUUUGCUCAGCGACUUUGCAUUCUUUUGACGUGAAGAAGCUGUCUGAGAAGAUAAUGCACUUCCCCACCUGGGUGGACUUGAAGGGGGAGGAUUCCGUCCCAGACACCGUGCACCAUGUCGUCGUCCCAGUGAACCCCAAGGCAGACAGGCUCUGGGAGAGACUGGGGAAAAACCACAUUCGAACUGAUGAAGUACAUGCGAAAGAUAACACGCGACCUGGUGCCAACAGCUCAGAGAUGUGGUCUGAAGCCAUCAAAAUCCUGAAGGGAGAGUAUGCUGUGCGGGCAAUCAAGGAGCACAAGAUGGAUCAAGCAAUUAUUUUCUGUAGAACCAAGAUCGACUGUGACAACUUGGAACAGUAUUUCAUGCAGCAAGGAGGAGGACCGGAUAAGAAGGGACACCAGUUCUCCUGUGUUUGUCUUCAUGGUGACAGGAAGCCGCAUGAGAGGAAGCAGAACUUGGAAAGAUUUAAGAAAGGAGAGGUGCGGUUCUUGAUCUGCACCGACGUUGCGGCCAGAGGCAUUGAUAUCCAUGGAGUUCCUUACGUUAUAAACGUCACCCUGCCGGAUGAAAAGCAGAAUUAUGUCCAUCGCAUCGGCCGAGUGGGAAGGGCUGAAAGGAUGGGCCUCGCCAUUUCCCUGGUGGCCACAGAAAAAGAGAAGGUCUGGUACCACGUGUGCAGCAGCCGCGGCAAGGGCUGCUACAACACCAGGCUCAAAGAGGAGGGGGGAUGCACCAUCUGGUACAACGAGAUGCAGCUGCUCUCCGAGAUAGAAGAACACCUGAAUUGCACCAUCUCUCAGGUGGAGCCGGAUAUCAAGGUUCCGGUGGACGAGUUUGACGGCAAGGUCACCUACGGCCAGAAAAGGGCGGCUGGGGGUGGAAACUACAAAGGCCACGUGGACGUCCUGGCGCCCACCGUCCAGGAGCUGGCGGCCCUCGAGAAGGAGGCACAGACGUCGUUCCUGCAUCUUGGCUACCUGCCGAACCAGCUCUUCCGAACCUUCUGAUUCUGCCUGGCGCCGAGUAGGAGGAGCCUCAGGGCUCUGGAGCGCCCACCCUGCCGUCUGUCCAGGAGCCUCAUGCUGGGGCCUCUGCGUAAGGUGGCGACCCAGAGGGCACAAUAAACCAAUAAACGUGAUGACGACACUU